GAUCGUCACUUAAUAAUCAAGACAAAUCACAUCACCAGCCCCGCAUUUCCUCGCCAUCGCCAGCUUCCGAUUACUCCUCCAUCUCCCCUCUCUGUCCUGUUCCUGGCGAGGUAUUUAAUCCAUUGACAUCCCUGAUCUUCUGAAUCAAAUCCCUACACCUCCUGUACAGCGUCAGAGUUUCCUAUUCGACCCACCCAUCACUUGGCUUUCUAUCGUGCCAUCUUCCUGCAUAUACUAGAUCUCCAUUUCCUCAUCUACCGAGCAAAUCACCAUGUCUCAUCUCCACGCCUCCAACCUAUUUUCCGUCCAGGGCCAAGUCGCCGUCAUCACCGGCGGAGGAAGCGGCCUCGGCCGCACCAUGGCACACACCCUCUCCGCCAACGGGGCCUCCAAAAUCUUCAUCAUCGGCCGGCGACUCGAGUCUCUCCAAGAGACCGCCGCCCAGGCCGAGACCAAGGACACCAUCAUCCCUGUCCAGGCGGACAUCACGUCCAAGGAGUCCCUCGAAGCCGCGUACCAGACGAUCGCGGCCCAGACGUCCCACGUAGACCUCCUGAUCGCGAACAGCGGGAUCGUGGGCGCUCUUGCGCGCCCACCCCCAUCCAAGCCAGACGGGACGAGGCCGAGCCUGUCGGAGAUCCGCGACGCCCUGUGGUCCAUCCCCCCGGAGGACUUCACCAAGACGUUCGACGUCAACGUCACGGGCUCGUACUACACGGUGCUCGCGUUCCUGCCGCUCCUGGAGGCCGCGAAUAAGCGCCGCGCGGCACCGCAGAAGAAUGUCCUCUCCAGCCCCACGGCGCAGGUCAUCAUCACGAGCUCCAUUGCCGGGUUUAAUCGUCUCGUGCCGUUCAGUAUCGCGUAUAAUACGUCCAAGGCGGCGGUGAAUCAUCUCGUGAAGGUGCUGGCGACGCUGCUGACGCCGUACGAUGUGCGCGUGAAUGGCAUUGCGCCGGGGCUGUAUUUGUCGGAGAUGUCGGCGCCGAAUUUCAAGGGGGAUGGGGAUAAGGGGAUCUCGGAUGGGUCGUUUGGACGAGAUAUAAUUCCGUUGUCGAGGGCUGGCGGGGAGGAGGAUAUUGGCGGCUUGGUUUUGUAUAUGGCGGGUGCAGCGGGGGGUUAUUUGAAUGGGAAUAUCACGGUGACGGAUGGGGGUCGGUUGAGUGCGAUACCGGCGACUUAUUAGAUGGGAUGGGGCUUUGGUAGUAGAGUACAGAGUUAUGACGAGAUGCGUUUUUAUGUACUAAUAGUCAAUCGCAUAGAAAGGACU